AUGCUCGAGACAGCUAAGACAGCUUUGACGACAGCUGCACUGGUAGCGGCGUGGAGUCUAAGAUGGAACGUCUAUGUCUUCCUGCGCUUGCUACCAUUUGCUAGCAAGUCCCUGCCGAAGAUCUGGACCGGACUUGCUGUCCACCUAUCCGCCCUCUCAGCAAUGUGGCUUUCCCGCAGCAAGAAGGCAGACCGAAGGACUGGCCUUGCUCCAGCUCUUGGGGUCCUCGGCAUCGCUAGCGGCGCAGCGUCAAUCGUCUGGGCAGUGGCGGUCGAUCUUGUGCUGGUCCUGAUGUCGCUGGACAUGUGCUAUCGAGCCCACUAUCUCCAUCCAGCCGGCGCACUCAGCUUCUCCCGCACCGGCUUCGUCACCGACACAUCGGCCAGCCUUCUCUUUCGGUCUACGUCCCAGUCGUUCAACCUCACCUACGUAUCAAAUGCUGCUGGAUCUGUCAAGAUCCCGGUACAUGUGCCCGCCGGCAGCGACUCGACCGUCUCGGUCCAUAUCGACGGACUCCAACCAGGAGAGACGUACAGCUACAUCUCGACUGCUGGACACGAGGGAUCGUUCUUGACGGCUCGAGCAGCCCCGGAGAUAUUCUCUCUCGUCAGCACGAGCUGUCAGAAGCCAAACUGGCCGUACUCGCCGCUGAACCAUCCUCUGCGCGUGACCGGGAUGGAGCACCUUGACAAGCAUGUUGGCGGGAUGAGGCAGAAGCCAGAGAUGAUGUUAUUUCUGGGCGACUUCAUCUAUUCCGACCUCCCCAUGCCCCUCGCGCCUUACACCAAGUCCUACUAUCGCCAACUCUACCGCCAGCUCUAUGCCUCCCCAUCCUGGACCCGCAACCUCCUCGAUCUUCCCUGGAUCCACAUGUUUGACGAUCACGAGAUCAUCAACGACUACUCUACCGAUCCAAAGCACACCCCGCUGUACCCCGAAGCGAUCGACGCUUUUGCCCACUAUCAGCUCUCCGUCAAUCCCCCUCCCAUCAAUCCUGCUCAACCCACAUACACUUCCUUCAACAUCGGCCAAGUGGCCUUCUUUGUCCUUGACAACCGAUCUUUCAGGUCUGCGCAGCCAUUACGGAGCGGGUCGAAUUCCACCGGUGGUCAAGGGGAGCGGACCAUGCUGGGAGUUCAGCAAUUGGCGGAUCUGAGGGUCUGGGUGGAUCGAGAGGGAAAGCGGGAGGGAAGGCUGCUGGUCCUCGUGAGCGGUGUGCCGGUGACUCGGAAUUGGUCAGAGGGCGGGGAUGAGUUUGAUAGCUGGGCUGGAUACCUUGACGAGCGAGAAGAGGUGCUGGAAAUGCUUUGGGCGGUGGGCGGCGCAGUCAUCAUAUCUGGGGACAGGCAUGAGCAUGCCACCACCGUCCUUCCACCUUCCCCUCACUCUGGCCAUCCGUCAUCCCACUCAGUCAUCGAGUUCUCGACAUCCCCUCUGUCCUACUUCCAUCAACCUUGGCUGCGAGAACACGUCGAGCACCGCCCCACGGACAUCACACUGCAUCAUGAAUGGCGGGGUAUGAGUCGCUUCGGCGCGUUCGACUUUGACACGUCUGGGCAGGAGCCCAAGGUGGACUUUACGUUGGUUGUAGAUGGGGAAGAAGAGUGGAAGUACACGUGGUGGAAGGGAAAGGGUAUCGCUAUCUAG